UUGUAAACAAGUUGGUUAUAUUAAAUAGUCCGAUAGUUUUCACCUCAACUUGAAAAAAUUUCCUCGAUUUAAUAUUUUCAUUCAGCAGAAGUAUUUCAAGAUGAAUCAUCUAUUUCGUAUUGUUAUUUUUCAAUUACUAUUGGCUAUAAGUGUAAUUUUGCCAGCUUCAUCGGUGGAUAGUGAUCUUCGCGCGGUCACAACUGGUGGCAAUGUGUUUGCAUCAAAUUUAUUCACGCCAGUUGGAGCAAGCAAGAUACAUGAUAAUUUAAUAUGUUCACCGGUGAGUCUUCAAAUGGUUUUGGCAAUGCUUUACUUUGGUGCACGUGGUCAAACUGAAACACAAUUGCGUUCAGUAUUACAUUUACCAAGUGAUAAAAAAGUCACUCAAAGAGGCUAUCAAUCACUCAUCGAUACUCUCAAUAGUUUUAAAAAAGUUAAACUUCUAUUGGCAAACAAAAUAUAUUUGAAUAUUGGAUUUAAAGUAGAAAGUCAAUUUCAAAAAAUAACUGCAAAUUAUUUUAGAUCUGAAAUUGAGGUUCUUGAUUUUAAUAAUGCUGAUGCUGCAAGUGACAAAAUCAAUGCUUGGGCUGAAUCUAAAACUAAUAAUCUCAUUAAAGAUGUUGUUACACCAAAAACUGUUAGAAAAGCUGAAAUGCUUCUUAUCAAUGCCGUCUACUUCAAAGGAAAUUGGAAUACUAAAUUUGAUCCUAAAAAAACAAAUACUCAAAGUUUUUAUAGAUCAAAAAAUAACCUGGUAAAUGUUUCAAUGAUGCAUCUAACUAGCAAUUUUAAUUAUGGACAAAUUCCAGAACUGAAAGCUAGAUUUGUUGAGUUAGUAUACAACAGUACAAAUGCCGAUGAUUCAACGAGUAUGAUUAUUAUUCUUCCAAAUGAUGUUGAGGGUCUUCAAGAAACUGAGAAAAAUUUGAAUAAAAAGAGCAUUGAAGCAAUUCGAAAAUCUGGACGUUCUUCUAAAGUUAAAUUGAGCCUUCCGAAAUUUAAAAUUGAAAAUUUAAUUGAUUUUAAACCAAUUCUCAUCAAGUUGGGAUUGGCUGACAUGUUUCGUAGCGGUGCUAAUUUAACGGGUAUAGCUAAAAGCCCACCAUUGAAAGUAACUGCAGUUUUUCAAAAAGCAUACAUACUUGCCAACGAGGAAGGCACUGAAGCUGCUGCAGUUACAGUUGGAGGAGUUGGUACAACAUCAGUACAAGUACCAGUUGAAUUUAAUGUCAAUAGACCAUUUAUAUAUGCUAUUAUUCAUCGUGCUACCAACACUGUUCUCUUCCAAGGACAUGUCAAAUUGCCCAAAUAUUAAAAAGCUAAAAUACAUAUGCAAAUUAUGCUUGUAAUUAUAUUUUUUUAUAAUUAUUAAAGUAAUAACUUUUAUCACAGAAUUAUUAGAAUAAUAUAAUUAUUUUCUCUGUCAAACUUUAUGAAAGAUGUUUUGAAUAAAAAAAAUUAUUUAUUCAUUUUA